AUGACAUCCUCAUAUAUAGCUCCACCAAGGAGGAACAUUCGACGUAUACGGGAGGUCCUCGAUGUGUUGCGCAGAGAAAAAUUUUAUGCGGCACCGGCUAAGUAUUCUUUCAUAGCCGAUUCGGUUCUUUUCCUUGGCUACGUGGUGUCCAAAGAUGGGUUGGCAGUGGAUGAGUCAAAGGUUGCAGCAGUUCGGGAUUGGCCUCUCCCAAUGACACUUCAAGAGCUACAUUGUGAUGCCUCAAAGAUCGGCAUUGGGGCGGUACUCAGCCAAAGGAGCCAGCCUGUGGCUUAUUUUAGUGAGAAAUUGAAGAAUACACAACUUAAUUAUAGCACAUAUGAUAUUGAGUUUUAUGCAUUGGUGCAAGCACUGGAACAUUGGAGCUUAUACCUUGCCUACAACGACUUCAUCUUGUAUUCGGACCAUGAGGCCCUCAAACACCUUCAUAGUCAAGAUAAGUUGUCAUCCCGACAUGCUAAAUGGGCCACUUUUGUCCAACAAUUCUCAUUUACAAUCAAGCACAAGUCGGGAACUUUGAACAAAGUGGCCGAUGCCCUCAGCCGGAAAUCAUCUCUGUUGACCACCAUGAGUUUGGAGGUAAUAGGCUUUGACUUAUUGAAAGAUUCUUUGUCUAUUGAUCUGUUUUUUGGUCCUAUUGUUGGAGAGGUCUCUUCAGGGGUAAGAGACGACUUUGGUUUGUACAAUGGGUUCCUUUUCAAAGAGGGGCCAUGGACCAAUGUGAGCAUGGACUUCGUGUUGGGCUUACCAAAGACCCAAAGAAGUAACGACUCUAUCUUUGUGGUUGUUGAUCGAUUUUCUAAAAUGGUGCAUUUCAUUGCUUGUAAGAAGACAGCCGAUGCGAGCUUGGUAGGGGAGCACCUCAAGUCGUGGGACCAAAAAUUGUUCCAAGCCGAGUUUGCCUACAACCGUUCUACUAAUCGGAGUACUAGCCUUAGUCCAUUCACCAUCAUUUUUGGGAGUAAUCCUCUUGCCCCAUUGGUUUUGGCGCCUAUUUCGGAUUUGAAGCGACCACAUGGUAAGGCCGAAGACUUAAUAGCCCAAAUACAAGAGGGUCAUAAGUUCACCAUUCAAAAUUUACAAGAGUCCACAGCACGGUAUAAAACGGAUGCAGAUAAGAAACAUCAAGUUAUAGAAUUUGAGGAAGGCGAUUUUGUGUGGGCUGUGCUCACUAAAGAUCGGUUUCCGGUGGGAGAGUACAACAAUUUGGCUGCUCGUAAGAUUGGUCAGGUCGAAAUUAUAGAGAAGAUCAAUUCGAAUGCUUAUCGCUUGAAGUUGCCUAGCCAAAUUAAGACAUCUUAUGUCUUUAAUGUCAAAUACCUUGUCCCGUUCACAGGGGAUUCUUCGGAUGAGGAUGCGAAUUCGAGGAAGACAGGAAUGGAUAAAGGUGUGAAGACGCCCCGGAAGAUGGUGACACGAUCCCAGACUCGCGCAGCCAAAGAGGUGGUCUCUGGGACUAUGACUGAUCGCACCUUGACUGCGAUCGAGCAUAGUUCCCCUGUUUUGGAGAGUGAAGUUCCUGGAACUACGACCGAUGGCCCUUGUUUCGGCGAUCGAGAGCAUGAUUGA